GCAGCUCUUCACUCUCUCUCCUCAGCCUGCUCCAGUUUGCACUUUCUCCUUUCACUGAUUCCUGGACUUUUGUCUCCUCAAAGAAAAAAUAACAAAACAUGGCCUUGUUGUCAGAGAAAAGCUGCGCUCUCCUGUUGGUCAUUGCGGCUGCAGUUUGCAUUGAGCUCUAUCAAGCUCAUGACAUUCCUGACCGCUGCUACUGUCACGAAUUCAUCAAGUUCAUCAGAGCCAACAUGUCAGAUUUCCAAGUCCAUGAAAGACGACCUGGAUGUGAUAAAACUGAACUGAUUGUAACGCUGGACAUUACAGGCAACUCCACGGAGAAAAUCUGUAUGAAUACGGAGGGAAAGAUGGCAAAGGCCUUCUUGAGAUGCUGGGAAAAGAUAAACAAAGACAAGAGCCGUAAGAGGGAGUGCAUUGACAGAAAGAGAAAGUCAGAGUGAAAGCACAAGGGGAGGCCUGACUGGGGAGGAAAGUUAUCUGGACCAGAGUCCCGGAGGUGACAUGAAGACUGAGCCCACGAGCCUGAGAAUGCUGAGAGCAGAGCUUUCACUGAACUCCUGCACUGCAGAGGAUUGGGAAAUGACAGCGAGAGGGGGAACAGCCGUUGGAGAGGAAAUAAUUUACAGAUUGCAGGCAGGACUGGAAAAGAAAAGAGUUAUAUUCAAGUUAGAGGAUGGACAACAGAUAAACAUGUAGACUAUUAUAACAGCAAGUCUGUAAGAAAGCCACUGUAAAAAUGCACAACAUUUUUCUGCUUGAGUGAAAUAAUAUUUAUGAUACUUUAUUUAUUGUAAGAUUGUAUGCUUUUUUAAUAAUUUUUAUUUUUUACAAAUGGUUGAAUACAAGCAAAUAAAUAUGGUUUUGAUACAAGUC